AUUUUUUUUAUCAUAAGAAUGUGUAUAUUAAAUAAUCAGACUCAGAGACAUUCGUCUUACAAAACGUAAUAUGACUCGUUGAUCCUAUAAUGAGCAUAAUUAAUGCAAAGACGGUCAAAAUAGACUUUCCAUCACCCGAAAAAAAAAAAACUACUUCCAACACACACAAAAAAACUAAAAGAAAGCCACAACUAGUGGAGGUAAACUACUUUCUCGCUGAUCCUUCCAUGUGCCCCGAAUCCGAUCGGUCUUCUCCUUCCAAGGAAUUCAUUCACCAAGGAAUCUAUUCUCCAAAAGCUUCAUGGAAAUAUGAAGGAGCAGGCCAGGACCAGGCCAUCUAUCAUCUUUGGUCAAAACAUUCAAACAUCUAUGCCAGAGUUGGGUUUCAUGGUGUGUGGGCUGUGACACACUUUUUGGGUGUAUUGUGUGCUUUGAUGGAACUAACAGCGGGGCUAAGACUUGCUGCUGGUCGGGGAAUAUGACGGACACAAUUAAAUCAUGUCGUUUUGAUAUUACACUAAACUAACAUUUUUAAGAAAAAAGUGAGGCGCUAGUUG